AGCGUUGACGCUGUUGGUUCCACUAUGUCUAUAGUAAGAGCGUCCGACAGUUCUAUCAAGCAAGCUUUGGCUCGACACCAACACAAACCUGGGGAUCUCAAGGAGCGAUGGACUCCCGAGGCCAGUCUGGACAGACCCGAUGCCCUGGAGUUGAGGAAGAACACUGAUGAGACUCGUAGUGCUCUUGAAGCUGUUCUGGCCCAACGUAUAGGGCAGGCGGAUACCACCAGAGAGCAUCUGUCGGGGGCUAACGAUGCUCAGAGGAAGCUCGCCAACGCACAGUAUCUACGGUACACUCCUAGUAAGGAUGCUCCUGGCCGUAACCCCAACAUCAAACAGAGAGUUAUCAAGGUGGUUGAGGUCCAGAAGGACCCUAUGGAACCGCCAAAAUUCCGUCAUCAUAAAGUCCCAGCUCCCCCAAGCGAACCUCCGCCGCCAGUGCUGAGAUCCCCUCCCAAGAAGCUCACCAAGGAGGAUCAAGCUAUGUGGAAGAUUCCGCCAUGUGUGAGCAACUGGAAAAAUGCUAAGGGUUACGUCAUUCCUUUGGACAAACGUAUUGCCGCUGAUGGCAGAGGCUUACAGGACGUUACGGUAUCUGAAAGGCAUGCUCAGUUCGCGGAGGAUCUGUAUAUAGCAGAAACGAAGGCCAGGCAGGAAAUUAGAAUUCGGAAUGAGCUCGCCAAGCAGAAGGCUACGCGUGAACAGGAGAGCGAAGAACAGAAACUGCGUGAUUUGGCGGCUAAAGCUCGCAGGUCUCGUACGAAUGCCUUUGCUGGUGGUAGAGGAGACAGGGAGGAAGCUGAGGAUUAUCGUAGACAAGAUGAAGCACGAGCUGAGGUCAUGCGGGAGACUCUUCGUGAGCAUCGUAUGGAGAAGGCAGGAAGGAACAAGCAGGGCCGAGACAGGGACGAGGAAAGAGAUAUUUCCGAGCUCAUCGCCCUGGGCAAACAAGUCCAGCCCAGCUCCAAGGGUGAGGGUCAAUACGAUGCUCGACUGUUCAACCAGAGCGGCGGCCUGGACUCUGGCUUUUAUGAUGAUGGCGCGAAUAACGUAUAUGACAAAAGGCUGUUUGCUGAUCGUUCCUCGGCCAAUAAGAUCUACCAGUACGACGCUAAGCGGCUGGAGCAGGCUCGUGAGGAGUAUGACAGAGCUGAGGAGAAGGCUGGAGGGGAAAGCAAUAGUGCUGCAGCAGUCUAUCAACGGCAAGCUCCGGUACAGUUCGAGACUGCUGGAGAUCAGGAUCAGUUCGGGUUGUCGGGCUUGUUGGACGACGACGAUGAGCCUCAGCAGAAGCAGGCCAGCAAGAGAUCUCGGGGAGAUGAUAAUCGAGGAGAUGAGAGAAAGUCCCGUCGACGCUCUUAAGAAGUGGUCAGCAAAUGUUGUCGCUACUUGUUCUUAUUCUUCUUAUUGCUAUCAUAAUAUGUAACACUACUAUUACAACAACGUUCGUAUUGGAGUUACGAUCACCGC